CCGCCCCGGGCCCGGCCCCACACGGCCCGGCCGGCAGCCGCGGGGCCCGCUGCGGCGAGCGGAGGCUCCGGAGGGUGAGCGGCCGGACGGGCAUGUGCUGCAGGAGCUGCCUGAAGCCAGGUGAUGAGGAUCAUGUUUGAGUAUAAAUGAUUCUCCUACACUCCUUUUGAAGAGAAAAUCAUCAGGUCAGCAGGAUGUUCAGCACGAGCCAGUCCUCGCGAGCACAGUUCCUGGACAAGGCGCGGCAGGCGCGGGAGGAGCGCCGCGAGCUGAAGGAGCGGGAGCGAGCUGCCGUGCUGCUGCAGGCUCUGGCCAGGAGCUUCCUCUGUCGCUGCCGCCUGCAGAGGGACAUCAGGAGAGAAGUGGAGGAUUUCUUUGGGGCGAGUGAAUCUGCCUCGGGUAAAAGAAGCGCCCUGUCUGUCUUCAGAGUUGCGAGGAAGCUGCUGUUUGUGUUUAAGCCUAAGGAGGACAAAGAGAGAUUUGAAAAGCUGUGCCGCUGUAUCCUGACCAGCAUGGAUGUGGAGAACGAGCCCAAGGUGUGGUACGUGUCACUGGCACUCUCCAAGGACCUCACUCUCUUAUGGAUCAAACAGGUCAAAGAUAUUUUGUGGUUUUGCUGUGAAUUCCUCAAGCAGCUUAAGCCUGACAUCUUACAAGACUCCAGGCUGGUCAAUCUGCACCUCACAAUGCUUGUCACCUUCACAGACACCUCCACCUGGAAGAUCCUUCGGGGGAAAGGUGAAACCCUGAGGCCUGCUAUGAACCACAUCUGUGCAAACAUCAUGGGACACCUAAACCAGAAGGGGUUUUAUUCUGUGCUGCAGAUUUUGCUGACUAAUGGCUUGGCAAGAUCCAGACCUUCCCUGUCCAAAGGCUCUUUAACUGCCAUCUUCUCUCUUGCAUUGCGCCCCGUGGUUGCUGCACAGUUUUCAGACAAUCUGUUGAGGUCGUUUCUGAUCCAUGUCAUGUCUGUGCCUGCCAUAAUGACUCAUCUUGCUACUCUAACACCUGAGCGCCUGGCGGUGAUAGAGUCUCACGAUCUGUUCCGCAAGUUCAUCCUGUUCCUGAGCCGUGAGGCGCAGUGCCGAGACGUCUGCGUGUGCUUGGAAGGAAGUCACACCCUUUGCUUGUUAGGUAAUCUUGUGUACUUGGGCUCCUUGAAUGAUAAAGUUCUGGAGGAGGAGGCAGCUCACUUUGUGGCUGUGCUCAUUCACAUGCUCUCCUACUGCCAGAAGUACGUUUCACAAAAGAAAUCCAACCUCACCCACUGGCAUCCUGUUCUGGGCUGGUUUUCACAGACUGUGGACUAUGGAUUGAACGAGUCCAUGCCUUUGCUGACAAAGCAACUGCAGCAUCUCUGGGGAGUCCAUAUGAUCCGUGUCCUCUUCAGUGAUGUGCUCAGCAAGAAAUUGCUGGAGAAUCAGGAAAUGCCUCAGCUGCCAACACAGCCAGUGUCCCCCCAGAACAGCCUUCCUAUGAAAAACCUUUUCAAGAGAGCUUUCCAGAAGUCGGCCUCCGUGCGCCACAUUCUCAGGCCGGUUGGAGGGAGGCGCGUGGACUCUGCAGAGGUGCAGAAGGUGUGCAGCAUCUGUGUGCUCUACCAGACCACCCUCACCACGCUCACACAGAUCCGCCUGCAGAUCCUCACAGGCCUCACUUACUUGGAUGAUCUGUUGCCCAAAUUAUGGGCUUUUAUCUGCGAGCUGGGACCACAGGGUGGGUUAAAACUCUUCUUGGAGUGCUUGAAUAAUGAUACUGAGGAAUCCAAGAGGCUGCUGGCCAUGUUGAUGCUCUUCUGUGACUGCUCCCGCCACCUUAUCACGAUUCUUGAUGACAUAGAGGUCUACGAAGAGCAGAUUUCAUUCAAACUGGAAGAGCUUGUUACCAUCUCAUCUUUUCUGAAUUCCUUUGUGUUUAAGAUGAUCUGGGAUGGAAUUGUAGAGAAUGCCAGAGGGGAGACUCUGGAGCUGUUCCAUUCGGUCCAUGGCUGGCUCAUGGUCCUGUACGAAAGGGACUGUCGCAGGCGCUUCGCUCCCGAGGAUCACUGGCUGCGCAAGGACCUCAAACCCAGCGUGCUCUUCCAGGAACUGGACAAGGACAAGAAACGAGCCCAGCUGCUCCUGCAGUACAUCCCCCACGUCAUUCCCCACAAGAAUAGGGUGCUGCUGUUCCGAAACAUGGUGACAAAGGAGAAGGAGAAGCUUGGGCUGGUGGAAACCAGCUCUGCAUCCCCCCACGUCACGCACAUCACCAUCCGCCGCUCACGCAUGCUGGAGGAUGGCUACGAGCAGCUCCGGCAGCUUUCCCAGAAUGCCAUGAAGGGAGUGAUCAGAGUGAAGUUUGUGAAUGAUCUGGGUGUUGAUGAGGCUGGUAUUGAUCAAGAUGGUGUCUUCAAAGAGUUUCUGGAAGAGAUAAUAAAGAAGGUGUUUGACCCUGCACUCAACCUGUUCAAGACAACCAGUGGUGAUGAGAGGCUCUAUCCAUCCCCAACCUCCUACAUUCAUGAGAACUAUCUCCAGCUCUUUGAGUUUGUGGGGAAGAUGCUUGGAAAGGCUGUAUAUGAGGGAAUAGUUGUGGAUGUUCCAUUUGCUUCCUUCUUCUUGAGUCAGCUCCUUGGGCACCACCACAGUGUCUUCUACAGCUCUGUGGAUGAACUUCCCUCCUUGGACUCCGAGUUCUAUAAGAAUCUCACUUCAAUUAAGCGUUACGAUGGGGACAUCAGCGACUUGGGCUUAACGCUGUCCUACGACGAGGAUGUGAUGGGCCAGCUUGUUUGCCAUGAGCUUGUUCCUGGAGGGAAGACCAUUCCUGUUACCAAUGAAAAUAAGAUCAGCUACAUCCACCUGAUGGCUCAUUUCCGGAUGCACACGCAGAUCAAGAGCCAGGCUGCGGCGCUCAUCGGCGGCUUCAGGGCCAUCAUCAGGCCCGAGUGGAUCCGCAUGUUCUCUGCCCCCGAGCUGCAGCGCCUCAUCUCUGGUGACAACGCUGAGAUUGACCUCGAGGACCUGAACCUUUCCCUCCCCAGGAAACACACAGUGUACUAUGGGGGCUUCCAUGGCAGCCACCGGGUCAUCAUCUGGCUGUGGGACAUCCUGGCCAACGACUUCAGCCCUGAGGAGAGAGCCAUGUUUCUCAAGUUUGUUACCAGCUGCUCCAGGCCUCCACUUCUGGGCUUUGCCUACCUCAAGCCUCCUUUUUCCAUCCGCUGCGUGGAAGUCUCUGAUGAUCAGGACACGGGGGACACGCUGGGCAGUGUGCUGCGGGGCUUCUUCACCAUCCGCAAGAAGGAGCCGGGCGGGCGGCUCCCCACGUCCUCCACGUGUUUCAACCUCCUCAAGCUUCCCAACUACAGCAAGAAGAGCAUCCUGAGGGAGAAGCUGCGCUAUGCCAUCAGCAUGAACACUGGCUUCGAGCUGUCCUAGCUGCCACGGGCCUGGGCUGCACGCUGGGGGCUCUGCUGGCUGCUGCCGGGCUGGAGCCCGUCCCACACGCCGGCUGCGGCGGCUCCGGGGGCUGCCCGCUCGCCCCAGGGCUGGAGAGAUGCUGCUGCUGGAGGAUACAGGGAAGAGCUGCUGGGCUAGACAGAGCUGGCUCUUGUUGGGCACUGCUCCAGGAUGAAGGAGGCGAAGGGCCAUUCCCAGUACUCUUCACUUGACACCCACGUAAAUCGUCUUUCAGAGCAGAGCCCGGGGGAGCAGGACGGGAGCACUGAGAGCACCAGUCACGUUAGUGACCGUGGGACCCCCAGCAGGCUGGGCAGCUCCCACCCUGGGAGCCUUUUCCUUUCCCAGGAGAUGCUCCAGCUCCUGGCUGGCUGGAGUCAGCUGCACAGAGGCAGAAACAUGACAGAGCCCUCAAGGAGAGGAGCAGGAGGCUGCAGCGUUGGAUGCGCUUCCCUCGGGACAGGCCCUUUGUCUCUGAGGAUGAAACCACUUUCCCAGGCUUGGGAAGCAGCAGGUUAAACACAAGCAGAUGGUCCCUGCCAUUCUCAGGAAGGUUUCAGAGUGCUGUGGGUUAAGAGCUCAAGCAGCAGGCAUGGGGGUCAGCAUGCUGAGCCAGCUGUGCUGCUGCCAAGCUCUUGCCAGAGCCUGUGCUUUGGACAAAAGGGGUUGAUGUCUGAAUUUGCUCAGGAGCAGAAAAGGUCUGAUGUUAUUCAGUUUCCAGAGGACAGGAGGUGGCACAGGGCUGGGGCAGCCCUCACUCCCCAGCACAGGGCUCAGGUGGGGCAGGUGCCCCUGCACUCUCUAGAAGGGGGAGGUGUUGAGCUGCCAAGAGCCCUCUGGAAACCUCCACUGACAAAAUCCCUCUGACAUGGACAGAGGUUUCGCUUCCUUUCAGGCCCUUUUGUUAGGGAGAUGUGCUGUUUGGCUCCAAGACUUGGGCUCUGCCUAACAGCCACUUUGCUUUGUUGCCAAACUAUUUAUUUUGGUUGCUUUGUCUCUUUCUGGCCUUAUUUGUAAGGGUUGGUGUUUGCCUGGAGCAGGCAGCUUUGUCAGGUUGUUCUGAAGGGCAGGGGGCUGUGGGUUGGAAGGUGGGGACCCUUCCUGCCUUUCCUAAUGGAAUCCAGAGGCAGAUUUGUGAAGGGUCUCUGCAGCUUUCCACCUUUGGUCUCUCGUGCUGCUGCAAGUCCAGGCUGGGUGAGAGGAGAGACUCCUGUGUCCUGCUCUGUCCUUGGCAGGUCUCUGACACAAAGCAAAGCCAUGUACAUCCUUCUCUUUGGGACAGGAUUAAAAACCCCUGACCUCUCCUUCCCUUCUUGCUGCUCACUAAUAAAACAAGCUCCUACUGA